AGUGUGAGAGAGCGGAGUUUCUCCUGUGUUUGGCUCUUGUGGAGCUCAGAUCUGCACUCAGAAAGCUCAUCAUCAUCAUCAUCAUCAUGACGCUCCCUCUCCACUUCAAGCGCGCGGAAUAUUUGUUCACGUUGAAAAGAUCAACAACACAGUAAUGUUCACGACACAUGGCGCCGAAUUGGUUUUGGCUUCCAGAGAGACCGAAAUUGCCCUUUUCAAUGGGACAACAGAGUUUUUCCCCACUGCAUUAACCACAGCGGAGCCCAGAAGCAAUGGUUCCUGUGGGGAGCAGCGGACUCUGGAUCCGGACUUGACCAAGACUGUGAUCGUCGGGCUGAUGCUCAGCUCCAUCACUGCGGUCACUGUCAUGGGAAACACGCUGGUUGUGAUCGCGGUUUGUGUGGUGAAAAAGCUCAGACAGCCGUCUAACUAUCUGCUGGUGUCUCUGGCCAUUGCUGACCUCUCAGUGGCUGUGGCCGUGAUGCCCUUUGCCAUUGUGACCGACCUGACUGGAGGAGUCUGGCUGUUUGGAGAGGUCUUCUGCAACAUCUUUAUUGGGAUGGAUGUCAUGUGCUGCACAGCAUCAAUAAUGACACUGUGUGUGAUCAGUGUGGAUAGAUACCUUGGAAUCACUCGUCCUCUGACCUACCCUGCGAGACAGAACGGACAGCUGAUGGCUAAGAUGAUAGUUGGCGUCUGGUUGGUGUCGGCAUCCAUCACUCUGCCGCCAUUCUGUGGCUGGGCACAUAACGUCAACACUGCGGGAGUUUGUCUGAUCAGUCAGGAUGUGGGCUACACCCUCUACUCUACAGCUGUGGCCUUCUACAUCCCUAUGGUGGUCAUGCUUUUCAUGUAUUACAAGAUUUUCAAAGCUGCCCGCAGAAGUGGGGCCAAACACAAUUUCACUUCACUCCCUCCAAUUCAGUUGGCCUGUCCCGAACCAGCUUUGGCCACUGUAGAUGGGUUCUGCAUGCAUGGGAUGAAGAAUGGUGCAACUUCCGAGGAGUUUUCUACCCUCUCCUGCUUGUUGAAUCGUGAACGGCGGAGCGCAUCGAUUUUCAGGCGUGAGCAGAAGGCAGCAACCACCCUCGGAGUGAUCAUGGGGGUUUUCUCAUUCUGCUGGUUGCCGUUUUUCCUCUUCACCACAGCAAGACCGUUCAUUUGUGGGCUGCUCUGUAAUUGUGCCCCCGUCUGGCUGGAAAGAGUACUGCUGUGGCUGGGCUACACCAACUCACUCAUGAACCCUUUCAUCUACGCCUUCUUCAACCGAGACCUACGUUCAACAUACAAAGACCUGCUGCGCUGCCGUUAUAGAAACAUCAACCGGCGACUCUCAGCUAUGGGAGUGCAUGAGGCUCUAAAACUCUGACUGCUUAUAAUCUAUAUAUACCUGGUUUACAACCAAGGCUCCUUGGAAAAAUGCUCCUCUACCCACAUUUAAAAAAAGCUGGCACACUAACAAGGACACAAAAGGCUGCAUCAUCUAGCAUCAUAUGUUAGAGCAUAUCUUGAGAAUACAGAUUGAGUUAUCCACAUAUCUCCAGCUAAGCAUUGUAACCCCUCUAAAACUUCACUCCCAUCUGGGUUAUACCACUAAAAGUAACCCCUCUGCUUCCAUUUGCCCUAAAGACCACUGCCUCUAGCAUGUGACAUGAGGCUCCUCACACAGCUCCUAUUGACCUUUAUUCUUCACGUACGAGCGGCCACAGCCAUUGGAAUCUUUUUGGCUAAAGACUUAUAGUCUUAUUCUAUUACGUUGAUUUUUAGAUGAUUAAAAAAAGUUACAAACU